AUGACCUCUCCCAUCAAAUCUGUUGCUUUCCUCGGCGCCAGUGGCGGCGUGGGCCUGGCAGCCCUAAAGCACACUCUCGCGGCAGGCCACCAGUGCAUCGCGCUAUGCCGCUAUCCCUCCAAGCUCACAGCCAUCUUCACACCAGAGACAACACCCAAUCUCAAAGUUGUUGAGGGCAAUGCCCAUGAUGUCACCGCCGUGUCCAAGUGUCUGCUCACGGAAGACGGCAAGCUGGUCGACCUGAUCGUGAGCACCAUUGGAGGCAAACCCAUCAUCUCCAAAAUGACCAUCGACGACCCAGAAGUCUGCCAAAAGGGUGCGACGGCUCUUCUCGAAGCACUCGCCCAGGUGCGCCGCGACGGCGCCACGGGUCGCCCGCAGAUUAUUUCCUGCAGCUCCAAGGGCAUAUCAAAAUUUGGUCGCGACAGCCCGAUGAUCCUGGAUCCCGUUUACCAUUUCUUUCUCAAGGUGCCGCAUGUUGAUAAAAAGGCCAUGGAAGAUAUCUUCAUGGGAAGUGGCGAGAAUUACACCCUGAUUCGUCCGUCCAUUUUGCGGGAAGGGGAGACGACGAAGAAGAUCCUCGUAGGUGUGGAGGAUAUUAAGACCGGAAGGGAGUCUGCGGCCAUUGGGUAUACGAUUUCCAAAGAGGAUACGGGGAAAUGGAUCGCGGACAACAUCAUCUUAUGCGAGGGUCCGCGGUACUUGAACAAGUGCGUGUCGUUGACCAACUGA